CAAAUUUUUCACCUUCUUUAGCUUCGGUUCUCUGAUGGACCCCAAAACCUAUAUAUAUUCUGGAAGUACUCAUUAAGCCCGACCUGCUCAAACCUUUAUCGACCAAUAAAGUUCAAAUCUCAUCAUUCAACUCCAACUUUCAAAGUCCACGGCAAACACAGAUCCGCUCCCCCUGGAGCCCCCCACCUAGCGGCCGUCCCCGCUCGGUUCCUUUUGGCUCUUGCGCGGCGCUCAAGACGUCAGCCGCUCGCACCUUAGAAUCACUUGUAUCCAGCACGCUGAAGAAGACGGACCCGGACCUCACCACGGACGCAGUUCUCUCCCGGAUCCAGAACCUCUACCCGACGCCCCUGCCAAGGUGGACUCUGAACAAGGAUAAGGACUCUGGCUCUCCAUUGUUGGAAAGGACAUCUUCCCGCUCUAUGCAAGUCCCGUCAAUCGACGGUCCCCACGAAGCAACGUGAUCACCUGGCGCCUGCUCGCUGUAUGAAGGAAACCGACGUUACCUCGUCCCGGUUCUCUGAAGUCCAGCUAGACUCUCUCCAGUAAUCGCUGCGUAGUGAUGAAAGCCAGGGUUCUGGAUCGCCUAGAAAAGAUUGGUAUCAAACUCAACCGACCCAAAUGACAGUUCUUCCUAGACUCUGUUGAAUUUCUGGGCCAUAGGAUCGAUCAACAUGGACUCCACAAAUUGGAUAAACAUGUUAAUGCUAUAGUGAACGCCGAAAAACCUCAAAACGCUGAUGAACUCCGAACAUUUCUGGGUAAAGUAACCUACUACCAUUUUUUCAUACCAGAUCUCUCCACAAUUACUCAUCCUCUCAGAGAAAUACUGAAACAUAAAAUUUUCACUUGGACUCAAUAAGGCCUUGCUGCUUUCAACAAACUGAAGGCAAUUUCCAAUUUUGAUCUCUGACCAAGUAUUGACUCCAUAUGAUCCAAAACUGCCGAUUGCAUUAGCAGUCGAUGCCAGUCCCUUCGCUUUAGGCGCAGUGUUAUCACACUCCCUGCCGGAUGAAACGGAGAGAUCCAUUUCAUAUGCGAGUAAAGCUCUAAGUAACGUGGAGAAACGGUACCCGCAGGUUGAUAGAGAAGCUCUUGCUAUUGUGUGGAGAGUAAAAAGUUUUUUUGAAUACUUGUAUGGUCGGAAAUUCACCUUGUACACUGACAAUAAACCUGUGUCUCAUAUCUUCGCACCAAAUGCUCUCCUUCCAAAAUUUACCUUGUCUCGUUGUGCAAACUAUGCAUCCUACCUGUCCAACUUUAAUUACGACAUCAAAUUCAGGCGUUCAACUCAAAAUUGCAAUGCUGAUUAUUUGUCUCGUAUCCACAGCUUCAGCGUACCUUCCUCAUCUUUCGAUGAUUUUGAUAUUUUUAUUCUUAACCAAAUUGAGCUACUUCCUGUAACGUCACAGCUAAAUGCUGCAGAAACAAGGAAAGAUCCACAACUUUCACCGAUUUUGCAAGCAAUCCAACAAGGGAAGGACUUAACCUCACUUGGUUACACCGGACAGCAAGCAGAAUAUACGCAGGCUUGUGAUUGCCUUUUAUGGGGUCACCGUUUAGUAAUUCCAGCUAGAUUGCAAAAAAGAAUAUUAGAAGAACUGCAUCUUGCACAUUCUGGCAUUACAAAAAUGAAAAGCCUUGCUAGAUCAAUCGAGUACUGGCCAAACAUUGAUCAAGAUAUUGAGCAACUUGCUAAAACCUGUGAGGCGUGUCUCAGUCACAGCAAAGCACCUCCAAAAUUCUCGCAUCCAUGGGAAUACCCGUCAGCUCCUUGGGAGAGAAUUCACAUAGACUACGCAGGUCCAAUUCGUGGCAAAUACUUGCUUAUCGCAGUGGAUGCUUACUUCAAAUGGCUACAGGUUUUCCCUUCUCAGUUCAUGACUAGUGAAGCAACCUGUAAGUUACUCUCAAACACAUUCUCCCUGUUCGGUGCUCCAGUCACAGUCAUCUCGGACAACGGUCCUGCUUUUGUCUCCAACCAUUUCCAACAAUUCCUAAAAUCACAAGGAAUCCUGUUUCACAAAAAAAUAGCGCUGUACCAUCCGGCAACCAACGGACAAGCAGAGCGAGCCGUACACACCGUCAAAAAUUCAUUAAAAUAUAUGGAAGCAACAAUCCACACCCUCCAAGACUCCUUAAACACAAUUGUCCAACGAUAUAAUAGAACACCCCAUCAAGCAACGGGACAACCGCCCUCUUUACUCUUCAUCGGCAGAACAUCCCGAACUCGGGUUGAUGCUUGCUAUGCAUCCGAAUUUAAAAAUCAUCGUUAAUCAACGACAAAACAACAGCUUUUCAAAGAAGCUCCGUUCCUUCAGAAUAAAUCAAGAGGUUAUGUUUCGGUCAUACAAUAGUCCAAAACCCUGGCUGCAAGGUGUGAUUUCUGCAAAACUCGGUGCCUUGCACUACUUGGUCAAAUACAAGAACCAACAACACAAGCGUCACAUUGAUCAACUACUGUCUUGUGGAAUCACUCUUGACCGCCCUUCACCGUCAAACUGCAACACUGAUGUUCGCGCUGCUGAUGCAACUACCAGAAAACGGGUAAAAUUCUUUCCUGUAUCAAACGCAACCUCUAGUCCUCAACCGAAGUCUACUUUUACUCAAACCUCACCACUUGCUUUUUCUGAUAGGUCAAAGACAAUUCCCUGUCAAACUUCACAUGAUGAAAUUUCGAACAAAUCUAGUCCUACACUAAGUCAAUCUUCUCCGAAGAACUCAUCCAGUCAAUCUUCUCCAAAGAACUCAUCCAGUCAAUCUUCUCCGAAGAACUCAUCCAUUCAAUCUUCUCCGAAGAACUCAUCUAUUCAAUGUUCUCCGAAGAACUCAUCUAUAUCUUCUUCGAGGAACUUGCCAAUUCAAUCUUCUCCGGAUAAUUCAUCUACUCAAUCACAGUCUACUUCUAACCAACCUUCGCAAAGAGGCUCACCAACCCAGUCAACUUCGGGUUCUAGCUCUUCACCCAAUGUUUCACCACAACAUCUCAAGUCACCGAUUAGUCAACAUGCAGAAUCCUCUAGUCAAUUUAUCAACGUUACUCCUAAAAAUGUACCUAUAUCAAAACCCAACAAAGGUCGAGGCAGAGGUGUUUCUAAAGCCACCAAAAAACAAUUUUCAGUUAAACCUGGUGUUUCGACUUUUGGUCGCAUUGUAAAACCUAAGGAACCAUACUCUCCAGAGUAAUAAAUUGAAUUAUUGCUCUUUCACUGUAACACUGUUGAAUAAUUUUCAAAUUUUUAUUUUUCUGUUCCAUUAGAAAAAAUUUAUUCACAUAAAUUUUUUUUCUUCGCACUCUUGUGGAGAUUGUAGUAUCCGUCAAGUUGGUAGUAUGUAUUCCUAGGGAGAUUUACCCUAGUAGGUCGUGAAGCCUGGUUGGGCACUUGUAAGCUUAUCAAUAAAAUGUGAUCUUCUUCUUA